UUUGUGUGAGCACAGUCGGAGCAAAGCAGCGGCAGCGCACGCCGAAUCUCUCCUGUCUACCCUGCUCUUCGAGACGUGGAUCAGCCGUUCCAGAACCGGAUCUCUGCCUCGCCUCAUCCCGCAUCACCUCGACGGGAGCUUUAAUCCCCUUUCUUUACUCUUCGAGGUAGAGAGCCGUUUGCAGAAAUAAAGAGGUUGCAAAGAAAGGGGAGCGGGAGAGCAGAAGAGGAACAAGCAAAGCCAGCCCAAGAGGCAGACGGAAAAGAGCGCAAAAAGCGCCGAACUCUCCCAAGGCAGGCGCGGAGAGACCUGCCGCCUGGGCUCUGCCAAGUGGCGUGGGAGGGGAGACCAGAACUUGAAGUUACCUGCCCUGCCCUAGGAGAAAAGCCGGGGCUUUGACUGCCCCUUUCGCAGCCCUCGGCAGACGGGAACGGAGCUUUUCGGAAGAGUUUUGCUCCCCCUCUUUCUUCUGCUUCCAAAGCGUAAACGGAUGUGAGGCAGGGAAGGUGCUUCUUUUGCUUCUUCUAAACUCGGGGCGCCUCAGCCUUUGGAGGAGGGGGGACGUUUUGCUUUUGCUUGAGUAUAAGCACAAAGAGUGAAGCCGAGGAGUUUGCUUGAUGUUUUAGGGCAAUGGACGUAAGAUUUUAUUCGCCACCGCCACCAGCACCACCUCAGUCGGGCGCCGCUCCUGAUACCCCCUGUCUGGGACCUUCUCCUUGCUUGGACCCCUACUACUGCAACAAGUUUGACGGUGAAAACAUGUAUAUGAGUAUGACAGAGCCGAGCCAGGAGUAUGUGCCAGCCAGCCAGUCUUUUCCUGGUCCAAGCCUUGAAAGUGAAGAUUUUAACAUACCUCCUAUCACUCCACCUUCAUUACCUGACAAUUCAUUAGUGCAUUUGAAUGACACAGAAUCUGGUUAUCCUUCACUGUGUCAUCCUAUCAACCAUAAUGGCCUGCUUCCAUUCCACACUCAAAAUAUGGAUCUACCUGAAAUAACAGUCUCUAAUAUGCUUGGCCAAGAUGGAACGAUGCUUUCAAAUUCUUUAUCUGUGAUGCAGGAAUUACGGAAUGCAGAAGGAACUCAAUAUAAUUCCCAUCCCCAGAUAGCAGCCAUGAGGCCAAGGGUCCAGCCUGGAGAUAUGAGGCAACCAGGAAUAAUUCCACAUGGGCAGCUGACAACUAUUAACCAGUCACAACUAAGUGCUCAGCUUGGUUUAAAUAUGGGUGGAAACAAUGUUCCUCACAACUCUCCAUCUCCCCCUGGUAGCAAAUCUGCCACUCCUUCACCAUCCAGUUCAGUUCAUGAAGAUGAAGAAGAUACUUCAAAGAUCAAUGGGGGAGAAAAAAGACCUGCAUCUGACAUGGGAAAGAAACCCAAAACUCCCAAGAAGAAGAAAAAGAAGGAUCCUAAUGAGCCACAAAAACCUGUUUCUGCCUAUGCAUUAUUUUUCCGAGACACUCAAGCAGCUAUUAAGGGCCAAAAUCCAAAUGCUACUUUUGGUGAAGUUUCUAAAAUUGUAGCAUCUAUGUGGGAUGGCUUGGGAGAAGAGCAAAAGCAGGUAUAUAAAAAGAAAACUGAAGCUGCUAAGAAAGAAUAUCUGAAGCAGUUAGCUGCAUAUAGAGCAAGCCUUGUCUCAAAGAGCUACAAUGAGCCUGUGGAUGUUAAGGUAUCCCAGCAACCUCAGAUGAUGAGCCCAAAGCAGCCAGUAUUCCAUGCGUCCACACAGCCUCAUUCAGCAAUGUACUUAGGUUCCCAUUACCACCAACAAACAGGAAUGAAUCCUCAUAUAACAGCCAUACAUCCCAAUAUUCCAAGGAAUAUAGCACCUAAGCCUAACAACCAAAUGCCAGUGACUGUUUCAAUAGCCAACUUGGCUGUAACUCCUCCACCAGCUCUUCAGAUGAGCCCUCCAAUUCAUCCACAUCUCAGUAUACAACAACAUCAGUCACUCACGAUGCAGCAAUCCCUUGGAAAUCAGCUGCCAAUGCAAGUGCAGUCUGCUAUACAUUCACCAACAAUGCAACAAGGUUUUACUCUCCAGCCUGAUUACCAGAAUAUUAUCAAUCCAGCAUCUGCAGCUGCACAAGUUGUUACCCAAGCAAUGGAGUAUGUUCGUUCAGGGUGCAGAAAUCCCCCAGCACAGACUGUGGAAUGGAAUAAUGAUUACUGCAGUAAUGGGGCCAUGCAGAGGGACAAAGCGCUGUAUCUUACCUGAAAAUAUUUUGGAAAUGCAUCUCUUCUUUUCUCUGAGGAAUGCAGGAAAGUCUUUUUCAUCAUGGAUUGCUUUAUGCAGUCAAGGCAGUUCUGCAUUUAUUUAGAACAUAUAAAGUCGCUAAGCACUUAGGACUAUAUUUGCUGGUGGGUCAUUCACUCUGGGAAAAAAAUGUCUUGUUCCUCCACCCCUCCUUUCUUUUUCUUUCUCCUUCCUUAAAUGGACAUUGCUUUUCUUCCUUCCUUGCAGGAGGAGGAUUGGACCAUUUGGAUUUUGUUGAUUUUUAUUUUUGCUGUGAAGUGCUGCGCUAGUAACUGCCUUAGCAACUGUAGAUGUCUUGGAUAAAAGUCCUGGAUUUUCCAUUGGUUUUCAUAAUGGGUGUUUAUAUGAAACUACUAAAGACUUUUUAAAUGGCUUUAUGUAGCAGUCAUAGCAAGUUGUAAAUAGCAUCUAUGUUUCACUCUCCUAGAGUAUAAAAUGUGAAUGUUUUUUGUAGCUAAUUGUACUUUGAAACUGGCUCAUUCCAGUUUAUUGAUUUCACAAAGGGGGUUAAAUUGGCAAACAUUCAUAUUUUUACUUCAUUUUUAAGCAACUGACUAAUAGUUCUAUAUUUUCAAACUCUGAAAAGAUGAAAAUUAUUCCCAAAUGAUUUUAAUUAAACAGAAAUUGGCUUUGUGUCAUUAUACAAAGAAAAAAGUGAUAUUGGGAAAAGAGCAAACACAUUUAUUUUGUACUGCCUAAAACUGCUUUUUUAUCACUUUAUGUGUAACAGUUAGUAAAUGUCAUUUAUGUCCUCUUACGUAUAAAACUGCCAAAUGCUUUCUUGAUAUUUUAUUAUAUGCAGAAACAGAUUGGAAACAGCUAAAUUAUAAUCUUUACAUAUGGCUCUGUAUUAUUGUUUCUUCAUCCUGUGUCUGUAUUUAAUCUUUUUUAUGGAAGCUGUUGCGCCUAUUUAUGAAAUAAUAAAUAUAGGUGUUUGUAAGUAAAUUUGUUAGCAUCUUAAAAAGGAUUUUUUUUAAAAAAAUUA